GAAAGUUGUCAGCGAACUUAAUUUCAAUUUCAACUUGUCUUGAAGAUAGGGGGAGGAGAAAUAAAUGGCUAAAUCGAAAUCACUCUUGCGGCUAACACCAGUUGCUUCUGUACCUCCUUCGAAGCCACAACCAUGCAAAGAGCUCAGAAACGAUUAGAAAAAAUUCUCUCGAAUCACAGUUCUAUCGGUCAAAAUGAUUUCAAAAGAUUGCAAGUAGUAAAAAGGAUUAAGUCGACAAAAAAGAAUUCAUAUUUUUGGGAGGUUGUCUGUUUCUUUGUGUCUGCAACUAUUUAUGUUUUAUGGAUGAUAAUUUCAACGGAUGGGAAAAAUUGCCUUCUUGAGUCAUCAUCAUCAUUCACUGAACUAUUUCGGCCAGUAGAAAGCUGCGAUAUAUGCCAAGAUAUCGACGAAAUCGAGAAAAUUCACAAUGUCUCUGCAGAUGAUUUCGAAAAGGAAUACGUUCGAACUUCUAAGCCUGUCGUGGUGAAAGAUGCUACAGGAACGUGGAAAGCGAUGCAGGUCUUCAGCUUCGAGUUUUUCAAGGACUUGUACAGCUCGAUGGGAGAUGAUGACGAUCCGACCUGUCAGUUUUUUCCUUACAAAACAGAGUUUAAAUCUUUGACGGAAACCUUGAGUAUGAGCCCAGAUAGGGCCAGCAUGAAAGUUGGUGAAAAGCCUUGGUAUGUUGGCUGGAGUAACUGCUUCAAGAGAGGCAGCGAUAUUCUGAGAAAUUUCUACGAUAAACCUUAUUUCCUAUCCAAUCUUUCGGAAUCUAUUAAUCUGAGUUGGAUUUUCAUGGGGACCCCCGGCAAGGGUGCACCUCUUCACGUAGAUAAUGUCGUGUAUCCUUCUUGGCAAGCCCAGAUAAGAGGAAGAAAGGAAUGGUAUUUAGCUCCACCACCUGAAUGUGUCCUCAAAUGUAAAGCACACUCCGUUUUGGUUGAGCCGGGUGAUAUAAUUGUGUUGGAUACAAACAAAUGGUAUCAUCAGACAACGAUUCUUCCAGGAGAUAUAAGUAUAACAAUCGGAGCUGAGUUUGAUUAAAAUUAAAUAGAUAAUAUUCCAAGGAAUGUAAACAUAAGUAUUCGAUUUUGUACCUGUGUCUAAAUAUAAGAAAUUACAUUUAUUUAGAAAGUGAAAUUCUGCUAUUUUCUUCGAUCCUUUUUUCGAGUCUAUCCUUUUAUAAGAAGGAAUCAGAGCAUGGGCUUACCCAGCGAGGGGCAGGGGGGCAGCUGCUAUCUUCAACCCCCUCCCCCUCCGGAAGCACACAAAUUAAUCGUUAUUAAAUUUUGUUGCUAGAAUUCAUAACAAACCUUGAAAUAACCUAUUUAAUAAUAAUAAAGAAGAAAUACUUACACUAUUCAAAAUUAUG